AUGAAUGCCUUCGUGGAUAGGUCGGGUCGGAACGAAAGUCGACUAUUCUUCAAGCAACCACGAAAGUACGUGGUGCGUGCGGAGCAGAAAUAUUUAGUGUUAAGUAAUUUAUUAAGUUCACAUUCUACAAAAUGAGGGAAAUCGUGCACAUCCAAGCCGGUCAGUGCGGCAACCAAAUCGGCGCUAAGUUCUGGGAGAUCAUCUCCGACGAGCACGGCAUCGACCCCACCGGUGCCUACCAUGGGGACUCGGACCUGCAGCUGGAGCGCAUCAACGUUUACUACAAUGAGGCCUCCGGUGGCAAGUAUGUGCCCCGCGCCAUCCUUGUCGACUUGGAACCCGGCACCAUGGACUCUGUCCGCUCAGGACCUUUUGGACAGAUCUUCCGCCCGGACAACUUCGUAUUCGGUCAAUCCGGUGCUGGUAACAACUGGGCCAAGGGACACUACACCGAGGGUGCUGAACUCGUUGACUCAGUCUUAGACGUCGUACGUAAGGAAGCAGAAUCUUGUGAUUGCCUUCAAGGCUUCCAACUCACACACUCACUCGGCGGCGGUACUGGAUCCGGUAUGGGCACACUCCUUAUCUCCAAAAUCAGAGAAGAAUAUCCCGACAGAAUCAUGAACACAUAUUCAGUUGUACCCUCGCCUAAAGUGUCAGAUACAGUAGUCGAACCUUACAAUGCCACACUUUCAGUCCAUCAGUUAGUAGAAAACACGGAUGAAACCUAUUGUAUCGACAACGAGGCUCUCUACGACAUCUGCUUCCGCACGCUGAAAUUGUCCACACCCACGUACGGCGACCUCAACCACCUGGUGUCGCUCACCAUGUCCGGAGUAACUACCUGCCUCAGGUUCCCUGGUCAGCUGAAUGCGGAUCUCCGCAAACUGGCCGUGAACAUGGUGCCGUUCCCACGUCUCCACUUCUUCAUGCCCGGAUUCGCCCCGCUGACGUCUCGUGGUAGCCAGCAAUACCGUGCACUCACCGUACCCGAACUUACACAACAGAUGUUCGACGCCAAGAAUAUGAUGGCGGCGUGCGACCCACGUCAUGGCCGCUACCUCACCGUCGCCGCCAUCUUCCGUGGUCGCAUGUCCAUGAAGGAAGUCGACGAACAGAUGCUCAACAUCCAAAACAAGAACUCUUCAUACUUCGUCGAAUGGAUCCCCAACAACGUCAAGACCGCCGUGUGCGAUAUUCCACCCCGUGGCCUCAAAAUGGCCGCCACCUUCAUCGGCAACUCCACCGCCAUCCAGGAGCUGUUCAAGCGCAUCUCGGAGCAGUUUACCGCUAUGUUCAGGCGUAAGGCUUUCUUGCAUUGGUACACCGGCGAGGGCAUGGACGAGAUGGAGUUCACCGAGGCUGAGAGCAACAUGAACGAUCUGGUCUCGGAAUACCAGCAGUACCAGGAGGCGACCGCCGACGAGGACGCCGAGUUCGACGAGGAGCAGGAGCAAGAGAUCGAGGAGAACUAAACUACCAACCUAAUUCCUCGCAUCUCCUUUCACACCUUACCAACCUUCCCUUGUCCUCGUCUGGACUUUCGCAUUUUUUUGCUUCAGUAGUUUUAUACAACUUUCUAACAGUUCUGGAUGUAGUACCCUCGUCCUUAAAUGCAGGACAUUCUUGAUGUUGCGUUAUAGUAUUUACAUUCCCAGUGUUUUCUUGGCGGAAGGGCGCUCUCUGGAAUGUUUAUUACGAUAAACAGUUAUACCCCUUACGACGUGACCCCUUCACUUACACCUCUGCGGUGCUGUGAAUACACUGAUGACACAAAAGAAGAUCUUUUGUUUGAUAAGGCUGAACUUGAUUUUUUUAAUACCUAAGUUAAUUUUUAAUCUUUGUAACCAGUGUGAUUGAGUUAACGUUGGCUUUUUGGCAAUUAAAAGCUAAUAAUAAUGUCGUACAAUUUUUUCGAAGUCGAUCAAAGUUUUUAAUUAUUAUAUUCCAGCUGGUGAAUAAAUAAACUACAAUGAUUUUA